AUGGAGAACGGGGAGAAUAUUGUGGAGAUCAGCAGGGGGAAUGGCGGAAUGGCAGGCGCGCGGAGGAAUGGAUGGGGGGAGGGGGAAACCGGGGCAAUGUUAGCUGCGGAGAGUGAGGGAUGGGGGGAGAUUGGAACAGUGGAAAAGGGGGUUGCGGAAGGAGGGCGGAAGGUGGGUGCGGAAGGGGUGAAAGGGGCAGAAGGGGGAGUAGGGGCAGAGAAGGCGGAGGGGGAGGAGGGGUACAAGGGGGUGUUCUGGGUGAGUGGCAGCGGUUAUAAGGGCACAGGGAGGGAUCGACGGCGCGAUGUGAGUGGUGCUCUGGGUAGCAGUGGGGAUGGGGAGAGGUGGAGGGGGGAGGGGGAUGAGGGGGAGGAGGAAGAGGAAGAGGAGGAAGAGGAGGAGGAGGAGGAGGAGGAGGAGGAGGAGGAGGAAGAGGAGGAAGAGGGAGAAUAUGAGGAGGAUGAAGAGGAAGGGGGGAAGGAGGAGGUAGAGGAGAGAGGAUGGAAAAGGAAAGAGGCUGGGAUGAAGGUCGACGGGGUUCAGGGUUUUAAGCGCCAGGAGUUUUCCCAGGGUCUUUCUGCCGAGGAGAAGAAGCAGAUCUGGAGAGAAUCAAAUCUCUUGGCAGACCUCCCCCAAGAUGCUGACAGGGCGCCCUGGCAGACCCUCCUAGAGAGACCAGCAGUGCCCCACGUGCGUGAGGACGCGGUGAAAUGGCAAAGGAAAAUGGUGGAGAAACGAGCGAGGAGAGACGCUGAGAGCGACAGGGACUGGGAGCGGGGCAGGGAGUGGGAGAGGGACAGGCAGGCGGAGCGGGGUUUAAGCGGGGGUUUAGGGGAGAGGGACCAGGAGGGUGCUGCUGACAUGGCAAAGUUAAAGGUGGCAUGGCUGAUCGAUGAGCUGGCGGUGCUGCGGCCGGCAGCGAUCGUGAAGCUGCUGAACGUGCAGCGGGCGUGGAUAGGCAUGGAGCAUGUGGAAGGGGUGGUGAGAGGCUUGCUGGAACGAGGGGAGACUCUGCGAGCCAUCCGGGCGCUCAAGUGGGCUCGGCAAGCCGCCUUCUACGCGCCCAUCCCCUCCCUCUACGCCGACCUGCUGGACGCAGCAACGGCCAAUCAGCACGUGCCACGCGCGCAGGAGCUUUUCGAUAUGAUGCUGGCCCACGGGCUGGUGCCUCCUAGGAGGAACUACGAGGGGCUGAUUAGAAUGUUCUUAAGAGAAAGCCGGCGGUUGCAGGAGGGGAAGGCCCCGAGUGGGGAUGGGGAGGAUGAAGAUGGGUCUGGAGGGGUACUUGAAGGUCGAGAGGGGAGCAGAGCGGUGGAGAGUGGCGGAGAGGCUGCGAGAGGGCCCGGGGGGUUCAAGGGGUUUAAGGAGAUGAAGAGGGAAGAGAAAGCUGCAGCAGAGGUGGAGAGGGGUUGGGAGGUGUACCGGCAGAUGAAGCAGUUUGCUGAGCUGACUCCCAGCAGGGCCGUGCAGGAGGAGCUGUGGGCUGUGCUCGCUGUCAGGUGCAGCUCUGGGCGGCACUUUGUGAAGGCUGAAGAGCUGCUGAGAGACAUGGAGGCUGGGGAGGGGAUGGGGGGAGGCGAGGGGGAAGGGGAGGGGGAAGCGGAGGGGGGACGGGAGGGGGAAGGGGAGGGGGGAGAAGAGGGGGAGAAGGAAAAGGAAGGGGUGCGUUUACCGCCUGAUUUCCGUGUUCGUGCCGCCCGGUACGCACUACUGUUGCGCCAUGCCGGCCUUGCAGAGAGGGGAAUUGAGGAGCUUGAGUCGGAAGGUUUUCUGCCCGGGCAGGUGGUGCUGACGGCGCUGAUGGAAACUUACAACCAUGCAGGGCAGCACGAAAAAGUUUUGCAGGUGUGGCCGAGAGUGGUGGAGGCUGGUAGCAAGUUUUCAAAGCAGGAGCAGCGGCAGAUCUUAUCCGGGCUGAUCCUCGCUGGCGCUGACGUGGCGAGCGAUGACGGGGCCGCGACGGCGGCGGUGCGGUUUUCAGUGGUGUCGGGGGAGGAGAGGAGGGAGCGGGUGAUUGAACAUUUAUAUGAGAUGUUUAGGGAGUGGGCUGCUGGGCCUAUUGUGGAGGAGGAGGUGAGUGUUGACGGGGGUGGGGAGGUGAGUGAAGGGGUGGGUGGGGAAGGGAGUCAGGAGGGGAGUGAGGAGUACCGCCCUGAGAAGCAGGACGGGCGGGCUGUGGUGCCCCGCCUCGUGCACAAGUGGCUCACCCCGCGCGCCCUCGCCUACUGGUACAUGUAUGCUGGUCAACGCGGUCAACCCAGUCAACGGGGGAAAAGCGGUCAGCCCGGAGGGUCUAUUAUUCUGGAUGCAGGGAUGUAUCAGGCGAAGGAGGUGGCGCUUAUAGUGAAGGCGCUUAAAGCGAGGACAAUUGACUGUGCCCAGAGCAAGAGGGGGAAGGGCAGCAAGGGGCAGCGGGCUGUGAGAUUCUCGGGACCAUCAGCCCAAUUUCUGUGGAAAUUCAUGGAGCCAUUCGUUUUAGAAGAAGUUAAGGAAGAAUUGAAUCCUGUUGGGGGGGGUGGGAGUGGAGGAGGGAAGAAGGGAGGGAGAGUGGGGUUGGGGAAGUUUACUGUGGGGGAGGGAGGGGUGGUGGUGGGUGAGGAGAAGUUUGUGGGUGGCGCAAAGGGCGUGGCGAAGGAGGAGGCAAGGGAGAGCGAGGAGGACCGGCGGGAGGGUUGGGUGAGCCUGACUCGAGCAGUGAAGGAGGGAAAGCAUGGAGGUUACAAUGGUUGA